AUGCAUGGGCCGACGGUAGCCACUGUUCCAGUCGCGAUCCGUUUGAACUACGAGGAAACGAAGAAGGGGUUUCUAAGUGAAGUUCAAGCCCAGAUGCACGAGAUGAUCCCUUUCCAACAUUUCAAAAUAGAGCGAAUCAGCGGGUUGAACAGUGACACCAGAUAUGCGUGUCAGUUCCAAAACCUUCUGGUCAUUCAAUCUACACCCGAUGAGUCCAGCGUACUUGGGUGGGAAAGAAUCGAGGCCCAAACGCCCGAUCUUUUCAACUACGGAAUUACCGUGGGAUGUGAGCCUGGUCAGGAUUCACAGACCCUCACUAUCCGGGUGCAUUUUGAUCCUCAGAUGAUCACUGCUAUGGAAGUGGAAACUCUCGUACACCACUUUGAACGGGCAAUAUCUCAGCUCAACCAGGGGCCUGAGGACCUGUCACUUGGGCAGAUCUCGCUUUUGGGACCUUACGACCACUCAAAAAUAUCCGAGUGGAAUCGCAAGGGGCCACCACCGCCAGUGUAA